AUGGACCGAGGAGCUCUCUCCUCUCUCCUCAAACUUGUUUGGUCGACGAUCUGGUUUCUCCUUGCGACUGCCGGAGGAUCAAUCGCCCGAUUGGUAGGCCUUGCUUUGGAGGUGGCGCUUACUAACCAGGGCUUGCAAUAUUUACGUUGGAUCGGGCAUCUCCUUUCUACACAAGGCCAUGAUCAACAGCCUAAUCCCAGAGCUACGAAUUGUGAUGCUCACCAUCGGCAAAGGAAGAAUGAGGCUCAAGCCUCAAGGAUGCGUACCGGCAACUGGACGGAAAAAUGUGAUAGGGACCAUGGCCUCGUCAAACGGAGAAGAAGUCUAGUUAUGGACCCACUACAGACCAGCCAUAAGAAUAAACGAGCUCGGCGCUGUAAACUGCCGGGGUGGCGUUUCCGCCUCCCUUCUCCUGGUGAGAUAGAAGGAAUGGCGUGGGAGGUUCCUACAUUGAAUUCGAGAAGCCAUACUGAGAAAGAAAAUGUUAUUGAAUACCCUGAUCAGAAUGAACUCAGAUCCCAGGAUGGGGCGAGGUCGAUCGGUAUGCAGGCGUGGCGUUUCAAGCUCCCGUCGUCCUUAGAGAUCGAUGGGGACGAGGGAACGGAUCGUGUGUCUUGUGAUAAACCGGGAACGGCAACAACACCUGCCGUGCAGAACGAAACGGCGGCAUCAGGAUUCAGAUCCCGGAAUGGGGCGAAGCCUGGGGCACUACGAGAUGGUGGAAUACUAAAAGUUGGUUCGACCGGAUCCCGUCCAGUAAGUUCCUCCUGGCCAGGCUUGUGCUAG